AUGGGAAACUCGAAUAGUAGGUCCAAUGAUUUGAUGAUCGAUAUUUUAGUCAGAAGGAACCGAGCUCUCGUUCGUAAUGUCGAAAAAGCCUUUCGUCUCGUCGACCGUGCUCAUUUUCUGCCGUCGAAUCAGCGGAACAACGCAUACACUCUCCUUCCGCUCCGCUUGCAAACCAACGAGGACGGCCCUCUCUGGCCGGGCCCUCUUCAUAUUUCGAGCACUGACAUCUACAUCGCCGUGGCUCGAGAACUGGAUUUCCAGAAGGGAAACUCCUUUCUGAACAUCGGAUCGGGCUCCGGCUACUUCAGCACUGUUGCUGGCUUUCUUAUUGGUCAGUUUAUUUCUUUUGAAUUCUGUCAUUAACGAAUUCCGAAUUCUCAGGUGAUACCGGGAUCAACCAUGGCAUCGACGUGUACCAGAACCUUGUCGAUUAUGCGGACGAACGAGUCAAACAGUUCAUCCUGGAGCCGGCAUCUAGCUCCACCGGAUGGGUCCGUCCCGAGUUUCGUACCUGCGACGCACACAACGAAGCAUUUCUGGAGAAGCAUGCGGAGACGUACGACCGGAUCUACGUCGGUUUCAUAAUAAGAAAAGAACGGAUACUGUCGAGAAUUCUGAGAAUGCUCAAAGUAGGAGGAGUGCUCGUUGCUCCAAACGAAAGAAACGUCAGUUCGACUCUUUUUCUAUCCUCCGCUCAUCCAGAAAAUGUUCCUUCAGCUAUGCCGUUACAUUCGCAUGGAUGCCGAUCACUGCCACCGUACAGUCCUCUCCCGGAUGAGCUUCGCCCGUGCCAUCAAAUGGAGUCCCAAUGUCCCUCUGCCUCCCGCUCCCACUUUUGACACGUACCGUUUCCCUCAGUUUCCCGGGCACAUUGUUCCCGUUUUAGAAUGCCUUCGUUGAUUCAAUUGGCUCGUCAAGCCGUUCGUCGUUCAGUCCGUCUCACAUCGUUCACUCCGAACGUCAUGAAGAGAAUAUCACGCACGAUUUUGGUCGGCAAGAAUGGACAGAACAGACGACCCGAUAUCAUGCUACCACAUUCACCACGUCAUCAGGCUUUAGAGCAAUUUCUUGAGCACUACGCCGCAGAGUCCGAUGACUCCCACCACCACCAUCAUCACAUAGAAAAUUUAAUACGCGUGGAACAGGUGGAUGAAGGGAUUCCGACUGAAUCCUCCUCUACUUCCGACGACGACUCCCAAAAUCUUUCGCUUUCCGACGAUUCCAUCAGUUCUUUCGAAGGGAUCAACUGGAGAGAAUUAGGAACAAUUCGAACCGAGUACGAGAGAAUUCUCACGGAAAGAGGCGUUAGAGUGCCAGAGAGAGGAUCGGUAAGUUACGAAGAAAUGGAGAGAGUGGUGCAGGAUGCGAGAAGGAAUCCGCCGGAGGAGGAGGACGAAGAGCCCGACCCACUCCACAUGAAGCUGUUCACGGAGCAGGGAACGGUCAGUUGCACUCAGAGUCUGAGAAUGGGAAGAAUAUCCGGAAUAGUUUCAGAACGGCGAACGGAGGACGGUCGGAGUGUUGGCGUAUUAUGAGAUAUCAUCCGACGAAGAACAAGAACCCUCAGAUUAUGAAGAUUCCGACGAGCAAGAGUCGGAAAAGGAGGAGAAGAAGCCUUCAGGAGAAGUAAGCUUCGAGAUUGGGCAGGCAGAAGGGGCGGAGACGGACGAUGAACCGGAAGGAUCCGAAUCGGACGGAGAACGCGAAGACAGCAGUGACGGAGAGGACGGGCCGUCCACUUCUGCGGGACCUUCUCGGAACAACACGCAGAAACGGCACUUGGAUGCCAACAGAAAACCCACGAAGCGUUUCAAGGAGACUGUCGACGGAAAUAAGAAAAAGAAGAAGUCGGGCGCGGGAGUGGUGAGUUUCCCUCCCGUAAACUGGGCAGCAGUUUUCGUUUUCAGACGCUCGUCCAAUUGCGAGCAAGCCGAGACAAGGCAGUCAAAGUGGCGGAUAGCAACUUCAGAGAACGCAUUCGCCAAUUUCCAAUUCCAAAGAAAGUGCAAGAUUACGUGUCACUGAUGCAGCAUGACGUCAAGAUAUAG